AUGUACGGUUCGCUGCUUCGAACGGGUCGUUUGGCUCGUAGAGCUUUCGAUACCCAAUCUUUAAGAAAAAUCCAAGUUCCUCGUGCAUCGUCACUUUGGAGCUUACAAUGCAGACGAUGGAAUUCAAACAAUGCUAAAAGUGUCGACGAGAAUUACCGUGAUCUUCAUAUCCCAGGAAUUAUCGAGGAUAAUAUUUCUCCAGCUACUGCUGAAAAAGAAAGCUCCCAUGUCUCUUUUGACAUCCCUAAGGAUAUGCUUCUGCCCGAUGGAAUGCCAGACUAUUUACGCCUUACAUUGACUUCUCACGUUUACGAUGUUAUCGAAGAAACGCCUUUAACAAAAGGUGUCGUCAUUUCUGAAAGUACAGGAGUCCCUGUUUAUUUGAAACGUGAAGAUCUUACCCCCGUUUUCUCUUUCAAAGUUCGUGGUGCUCACAACAAGAUGGCAUCUCUUGACCCGAAAUUGCUGGAACGCGGUGUCAUUGCCUGUUCAGCCGGUAACCAUGCCCAGGGUGUUGCUUAUUCUGCUAAACAACUGGGUGUAAAGGCAACUAUUGUGAUGCCCCAAAACACUCCCGACAUCAAAUGGAAAAACGUAAAAAGACUCGGCGCUAACGUUUUGUUACAUGGGGCCAAUUUUGAUAUCGCAAAGCAAGAAUGCAAUCGUCUCGCGGAGGAACACAACCUUCGUAUCAUCCACCCUUAUGAUGAUCCUUACGUUAUUGCUGGACAAGGUACUGUUGGUUUGGAGAUUCUUCACCAAUUGGACCUCCGUAAAUUAGAUGCUAUUUACUGUGCUAUCGGUGGUGGUGGUCUUAUUGCCGGUAUUAGUGCUUAUGUAAAGCGAAUUGCUCCUCAUGUCAAAAUUAUUGGUGUCGAAACCUUUGAUGCUGAUGCGUUUUCACGCUCCGUAGAAGAGAAAAAGCGUGUUACCUUGAAGGAUGUAGGUUUGUUUGCCGACGGUACCGCUGUCAAGAUUGUGGGUCAAGAAACCUAUCGGGUUGCUUCCAAGUAUGUUGAUGAUGUUGUUUUGGUCGAUAAAGAUGAAAUUUGUGCUGCCAUCAAAGAUGUCUUUUUGGAUACCCGUUCCGUCGUCGAACCUUCAGGUGCUAUGUCUGUUGCCGGUAUGAAGCGUUAUAUGGCAAAGCACAAGCCUCAAAAUACAGAUUCCGCCUCUCAAGUAUGCGUCUUGUCUGGCGCCAACAUGGAUUUUGAUCGUCUUCGUUUUGUCGCCGAACGUGCCGACCUUGGUUUGAAUAAGGAAGUUUUCUUGAGCGUGACUAUCCCUGAACGCCCUGGAUCUUUUGAGAAACUCCACAGUAUCAUUACUCCUCGAAGCAUUACUGAGUUCUCUUACCGCUACGACAACUCUGAGUAUGCCAAUAUUUACACAUCGUUUGUCGUCCAAGAUCGCGUGAAAGAACUUCCUGAGGUGCUUCAAAAAAUUUCAGAGCACAACAUGGUUGCCGAAGACAUUAGCGACAAUGAGCUUGCUAAGACACAUGCCCGUUAUCUCAUCGGCGGUAAAUCCGACGUCUUAAAUGAACGUUUGUAUCGCUUUGAAUUUCCUGAACGUCCUGGAGCUCUUAGCAAAUUCUUGAAGAGUUUGAAGGAAGUAUGCAGUAUUUCCUUGUUCCAUUACAGAAAUUGUGGUGGUGAUACUGCCAAUGUGCUUGCUGGUUUGCAAGUCAAGGAAGGUCAAUUGAAGAAGUUGAACGAUAUAUUAGAGACGAUGGGCUAUGCCUGGGUUGAUGAAAGCAACAAUCCUGUAUAUUUGCGUUAUUUAAGAAAAUAG